UCCAGAGCGCACAGCGACGGCGGUGCCAGCCCACCGUUUUGCGUCGUUUGAACUGUACUCCAGCGCCCCGCAGCGCUUGUGCACGCAGUCGCAACGCUUGAGCAAGACAGCUCUCUCACUGCAGCCACAGCUUUGCACUGGGCAGCAUGCACAGGUUCCUGCUCGCAGCGCUCGCCGCCGCGACGCCGCAGCGCCACGAAAUCGGCAAGUUGCCCGCAUUAGGCUACAACACCUGGAACGACGUCCGCUGCGACGGCGUCGAAGCCACGACUAUCUUAAGCUUAGCACAAGGCCUCGUGCAGUCGAACUUCUCGCAGAAGGGCUACACCUUUUUGAACGUCGACGACUGCUGGCAGGCGCCUUUGCUGAAUGAAAAAGGAGAGCUCGUGCCCGAUUCACUCAAAUUCCCGGACGGUCUGAAAGUGGUCGUAGACAAGGUCCACGCGUUGGGUCUGAAAUUUGGCCUCUACGCGGACCGCGGUUUUUAUACCUGUGCGUUCCGCGCCGGGUCGAGACAUCACGAACGUACACAUGCGAAGCAGUUCCACGCAUGGCAAAUCGAUUACUUGAAGUAUGAUAGUUGCUGGUCCCCCAAUCUCCGAAGGAAGGGUGCGUUGGAGGAUUACGCGCGGAUGCGCGACGCGCUGGCACAACACGCGCCGGGCGUCCAUUAUUCUUUAUGUGGCUGGUCGUCCUGGUACGCGCCAGCUGUCUCUGGCGAGGAGGGCUACCACUCGUGGCGCAUCUCGGCCGACUGCGACGAGUUCGCGAACAUUUAUGAGGCGGCGCGGACCAUGGAACAGUUAUCGGACUACGCGGGUCCGACACGAGGCUACAACGACCCGGACAUGCUCGUGGGCACGUCGACGGGCGCGGUCACGCUCACGCCAGCGCAGUCGCGGACGCAGUUCGACCUCUGGUGCGUCCUCGCCGCUCCGUUACUCCUCGGCACGAACCCGAUGAACAUGAAUGCCUGGGACCUCGAGACCUAUGGCGACACCGAAGUUAUUGAAAUUGACCAGGACCCGCUCGGCAAGCAAGGCACUCCUGUCUACUCGACCUGCCCGCCGCACGCCCCGAAGGACAACUGGUGGUGCUCGCCCUGGUCCAUGCCGCGGGACGUCUUCGAGGUCUGGACGGGGUUAUUAAGAGCGCUCGCGGCCGUGCUGUUGACGUCCGCCCUGCUAUUACGCGGCGCCGGCCGGCCGCGCGGCGCCGCGACGGCGUUUAUCCUCGCCGUCGGGAGCGUGGGCUACGUCCAGGUGCUGCACACGUACCGGCCGCGCGUCGCCGCGUGCCAGCAGGUCUGGGCGAAGCCGCUCGCCGGCGGCGACGCGGCUCUGCUGUUUGUGAACUGGGCGUCCGACGACGCGGCCGUCGCGUGCGACGCGGCCUGCCUCGACCGCGCCGGUCUUACCAGAAGACCGCUCUACGUGCGCGAGGUGCGCGCCCGGGCGAACCGCGCGCCGCUCGUCGACGGCGCGAGUGUUCUGGUCCAGCGGGUCGCCGGGGGCGGGGGGUCGGUGCUGUUUCGGGUAGGUUUGUGAUUUAAGAAUCG